ACGCCUGAGUGACACAAAUGCCCCAAGUUCACUGAGCCUUGAGCGGUCCAGCAAACCUGUUGGGCAGUUUUCUCAGUAUCUUGACACUGAAAAGAAUAUAGGUGUUGAACCAAACGCUCGCAGGGAACCUUCUCUCCUCCAGCGGUUUAUUUAUGAGAGACUGAUGGCCAGACUGAGAACAGUGCGCUUCUUUGUGUGCUGCAGAGCCGUGGUCUGAAGUCUCGUGGGACUCAACGAACAUAUUUCGCAGUUGGAAAAUCAUUUUUUUUCGGCUGCUUCGGUGUCGGUGCUCUGUUAAGAAGUAGACUUUUAAAACUCUUUGUUAUUUUUUCUCAACAUUUGCUCGAAAUUUUAUUUAAGUAGCCUAUUUUGUUUAUGACGGAGCGUGUUUUUGUUAAUAAGGACCGCGAGAGAGUCAUAUUUAUUCAGAAAAGAAACACCAAAAUGUUUAGCCUUCCCACAGUGUUGGUUAUAAUGUUACUUGCCCUGGAGUUCCAUACUGUGCAGUCAGGCAAAUGCCCAAAGUUCUGCAUCUGUGACAACAUCCAGCUCACGGUUGCUUGUGUCAACAAGAAUCUCACUGAGGUGCCGCCUACCAUUGAUGAGAUAACAGUGAAACUCGACCUGAGAGGAAAUGACAUGCAGGAGCUUCCUACAGGGGCGUUCACACACACCCCUUACCUCACCCACCUGUCGCUGCAGAACAGCAACAUCCAAAGGGUACGGGAAGGUGCUUUCCGCAGACUUGGCCGGCUGGUCUUACUUAACCUGGCCAACAACAAGAUUGAGAUCCUGUACCAGGAGUCAUUUGAUGGGCUUACAUCACUGAAGCAGCUAAUUAUUGACCGAAACAGAGUGGAGGAGAUCCAGCCUGGAGCCUUUUCACAGCUUGGCUUUCUCAACCUCCUCUCACUCACACACAACCAAUUGGUGUACAUACCUAACAUGGCAUUUCAGGGUUUGCAGAACAUCAAAUGGCUACGUCUCAGUCAAAAUUCUCUCAAUUAUCUGGCAACAGAAGCAUUUGCUGGCCUCUUCACUCUUACACGUUUGAGCCUGGAUAACAAUGAACUACAGUUUUUCCCCACUGAGACGAUGACAAGACUUCCAGAAGUAACUCGCUUAGAGCUAAGCUACAACCCCAUGACCUACCUUGGAGAGGAGUCUGUAUCUAUGCCCAAACUCACUCACCUCCUCCUGGAUCAUAACUCCCUGCAGGAUUUUUCAAAUGCAGCUAUCCUGCUUUCUCCUCGUCUUGCUCAUCUGGACCUAAGUCAUAACCAGCUGCGCGUCCUGCAGCCAAUGGCCCCCGGCUCUCCCAAACUGAGUCGCCUCAAUCUGGCAGGCAACCCUAUCUACUGCAGCUGCUACAUGCGGCCUCUGCGUGAGUGGGCGAUGCGGGAGCGUGUUCGCCUGGGUGGUACGUGUGGAGGUCCUGCACAUCUGUCCGGUGAGAAUCUGGAGGCGGUCAAUCCCGCUGAUUUGCGCUGUCAGAGCCAGGAGGCCAUGCUGAAGGCCGAGCUGGAGGAGCUGAGCAGACUGCCCACACUCCCCACAACCCCACCGCCAGAUAAAGUCAAAUGCCCAGCCAACUGUCAGUGUGAGGCUGAGAACAAGCACUCAUCUUGUGAAAACAAAGGCCUCCCCAAGAUCCCCCGUGGAUUUUCACCGGACACGCGCUUGUUGGACUUACGGGGCAACCAUUUCCACUACGUCCCUGCAAACAGUUUCCCGGGCACUGCAGAAGUGGUUUCCCUUCACUUGCAGCGCUGCAAGAUCCAUGAGGUAGAAGAUGGGGCUUUCAAUGGUAUGAAGAGUCUGGUCUACCUUUACCUCUCAGAAAAUGACCUCACUUCAUUGAGUCCCGAGGCAUUCAAGGGGUUGCCCCAUCUCACUUACCUCCAUCUGGAGAAGAAUCGUUUCACUCAGUUCCCCAAAGGAGCAUUCAGGCUGUUGCCCGGUCUGCUGGCUCUGCACAUGGAGAAUAAUGCUAUCGCUAAACUAGAAGCAGGGAUCCUGACCGGUGCUGAGAAACUGAGGGGCCUCUAUCUCACUUCCAACGCCAUCACAGCGGUUGCUUCCAGGGCCUUUGAUCCUGCACCGGACUUGGAUACUCUUCAUCUAGGCACAAACAAACUCAAAGAAGUUCCAAGUGAGGCUCUUUCUAAAGCCAGCAGCCUAGCAGAGCUUAAUCUCUCCCGUAACCCUAUUCGCUGGAUCGGACCACAGGUUUUUCAGCCAGUUGCUGCCACACUUAAACAUCUUUACCUGAAUCAUAUGGGUUUAGAAAAGGUCUCUAAAGAUUCACUAGCAGGACUGGGGUCCGGUCUGAGGAGUCUGUUGCUUGAAGGAAACCAACUUGAGGAGCUGCCAGACUUGGGUCCACUUACAGGACUCGAGGUUAUAAACUUGGCAGAGAAUCCACUGGUCUGCGAUUGUCCACUGUUGCCUCUUCGCAAGUGGAUCGAGCAGGUGAAUCUGAAGGUCAGAGCCACCUGUGGCCACCCACCAGAACUCAGAGGUCAAAGGGUCAAAGACGUCCAUGUUUUUAAGAGCUGCCCAGGGGAAAAGCAUCCUCUUAUUCAGCACCCAAAACCAACCAAGGCCACAAAGACCGAAUCUGCUCUUAUCAGUCCUCCAAAAGUCAUCAAGAUAGUCAAAGCCAAAAACAAAAGUGCAAAACCUAUUACAUUGCAGAAACGUACAGCGAAGAAGAGGAAGUUGGUGUGAUUCCGCUGUAUUUACAUCACUGUAACUGAUGUAGAUCAAUAUAAC